CACACACAACACACACUCUCUCAUUAAAAUCGAAAAAGAAGGAACAUAAUUUUUUAAGGUGUCGCGUUUGUGUGGUUUUUUCCGUGUGAAACUUUUUUCGAUUCCCCCAACAAAAUAAUCAAAAACAAUUUUCAUUGCUCUCUACAAAAAUCUACAAAUAAACUAAAUCUAAAUAACAAAAAAAAAGAAUAACCACAAAAGAAAUAUACAAAAUAAACUCGCAUCGCAAAGUUGAAAUUAAAAAUAAUAAAAAAAAAAAUUAUACCAAUAAAAUGCAUAUCUCAAUAUAAAACGUCCAAAAAAAACUAAUACACACAAACAACAAAACACACACAACACAGAAGAGAAGAAGAAUUUUUAUUUUAUUAUUUUUUUUUUAUUGUAUUGUAUACAUAUACACCUGCGUGCGUGAACGGAACGUGAAAUGCAAUGCAAUGCAUGAAUAUGAACAAAAAAAAAAAUAAUAUAAAAUUGUCUAAAACCGUGCUAUUAAAAUAAAGUUAAAAGUUUUAAUACAAUUUUUCUUUAUUUAUUAUAUUUAUCUACUGUUAAUUAUAACAAUUGAAAGUAUUGAUUGUUGGAGACGAACUUUUGACAAGCAAAAAAGAGGAGGAUUUUUGAUUUGGUUUUUUGACGACUCUCCCAUUCUAACAAAUUGAAAUGUCUUUUUGCUGAGUGAGAGGAGACACGGGAGACUCCUUGCUUGCUGGUGCUUCAGCCGCUCGCUGCUGGCUGCUACCUUUACCUUUACUCUCGCUCGUCCGUCAUCAUCGCAAACCACAAAAUAUUAAUUCAUUCAAACUUUAUUUGUUACUGAUAUCGCCGCUGUCACUCGGCCCUCGGCCCAAUCAUCAACAAAAUAAUGCACAUUUAAAAGCAAAUGAUCAUUGAAUGGAAUCGUUUGUUCGAUUUCCAUGUUGUUGUUUAUUUGAAGAUGAUCUUAAACAGCAUCAAUUUAUCGUCGUCAUGCAAUUUUGUUGAUCAUAUAAAUAAUCUCGGUAUCCAACUUGACCGAGAGAAGGGAAGAGAAUGAGAAUGAAUCAAAAUGAAUAAUAAUUUAUUAAUGCUUGCAAUCAGCUACUACAACCCGUCCACUGCAUUUUAUAAUUUCGAUUUCGAUUUAAUUUCCAAUAACCACGAAGUAAAAUCACCGAAAAAGCAGCAAGAAAUCGAAAGAAAUGUUAAAAAGAAAUAAUCAAAGAUUUUUAAAAGAUUGCAUUGACGAGAUUGUUAUUAACCAAACGAAGAGCACAUCGUGACAACGAAUCUACCUAAUAAACAAACUUGCUUAAAAAAACGCAAAACAACAAAAAAAAAUGUUCUCUCUACCCCGGAGCAAGAAAUAUUUCUUUCAAUAACUCAUCGAAAAAACGCGUAAAACACAUAAAAAAGGCAAAGAAUAAUAAAAAAAAACGAAAAAGUGAAAUUAAAAAAAAAUAUAUAACUAAUGUCACACAUUAAAAUAUAUUAACAAAAAAAAAAAAAAAACAUACACACAAUUUCAUACAGCAAAAAUAGUAAAAAUAAAUUAAAAAAAAAGAAUGUGUUCUUGUUAAUCUUAUCUAAAUCUAUUAAUAUAGAAAAAAAUAUAAAAAAAGCAAAAUAGAUCAUUAGUAUGUCAACGAAUAUUAUUUUUUUAAAUUCCAAUUUUUAAUCAUUAAAUCAAAAGUUAAAUGUGAAUAAGUUUUAAGUGAAAUUUUCUGAUGCUUUAUUAGUUAUUUUUAAAUUUAAAUAUCGUUAAAUUUGUUUGUUAGAAUAUGCACUUAUAUAAAAUCUAGAGGAACUCUGAUUCGCUUCUUUAAAUAAUAAUCAAAAAAACGUAGGAGUAGUUCAAGUAGAAAAAAAAGGAGCAAUCGAAGUUAAUUUGUUGAUCCCGUUGUUUUUGUUGUUAAAAAAUUUCAAAUUUCGGUCCAUAAUUAAUUAAUAAUUUGUUUAUUUUCUCACGGCCUUGUCUGAAUGCCUUCCAAACUAAAAAAAAAACAUAUAUUUGAUAAAAUCUUCCAUGUCCAUGAAUUUUUAAAGUUCUAGACAAAUUUUUUUUAAUUGCAAAUUAAGAAUAUUAAAAAACAAUACAAAAAAAAUCGUUGCUAAUAUUUAUAAUCAUUACUGUCCAAACUUAAACAAAAUCUUAUAACGUAUUAUUUUGUUUAUAAGCUGUAUUAAUCGUAAAGUAAAUAAUUAAAUCUACGAACAAACUUAUAAAGAUAAUCUUUGCCCAAGAAUCGUUUGAACAAAACCAAAUUAUAUAGAUACAUCUUAAAUAGUAAAAUAUACUUUAUUGAUACAAUACAAUUCGGAAAAUGAACAAAAGCAUUUCUUAAAUUAAAUACAAAAAAAAAACAAGAACACACAAAUCAAAAGUUAUCAUUUCCCAUAAAAAUAGUCGUUUUAACCGUCAUAUGAAGGAACAAGACCUUCUCAACUAGUUACAAUAUCAACGAAACUCUCCAUCACUCAUUUUAAUUAACGUGUGAUUGAUCCGGCAGCUGUGCGUAGCAAAAUCUGUUUAAUUACAAUUUGGCAUGAGCCAUACGCCAGGUUUGAAGAAAUAUGAAGAUAAUGAGUGUAGUGGGCCACGACCACCUGUUCCCGGAGAAGAAAGUCGAGUUAGAAAGAUGACCGAAGGGGUCUCGGAAAGCUCAAAAAAUUCCCCGCCAUCAUAUUUGAACUGGGCAUUGCGACUGUCAUAUCUUCUUGAAGAUAGAGAUGGAGUUGAACUGUUCAAGAAGUACGUCGAAGAGGAGGCUCCUGCUUACAAUGAUCAUUUGAAUUUUUACUUUGCCUGUGAGGGAUUGAAACAACAGACAGAUCCAGAAAAGGUUAAGCAAAUCAUUGGAGCGAUAUACAGAUUUCUUCGAAAAAGUCAAUUGUCAAUUUCGGAAGAUCUGAGACGCACUAUCAAAGCUGGCCUCAAAAAUGAAAUUGCUCUUAGCCCGAAAAUUUACGAUCCUCUGCAACAAGAUGUCGAAAAGACAAUUAAUGAACGCAUUUAUCCGACGUUUUUGGGCUCGGAAAUGUACAUUGAGUACAUUCAGCAAAUGUCCGCAGCUCAAGAACGUUUUAGUGGGGCUACAUCGACAAGUGGAAGCAGUAGCAGUGCCAGCGGUGGUGGUGGAAAUGGAAAUUUCGGAGCUAGUGGCGGUUGCAGUUCAAAAAAUCCAACUCUUAUACCAAUGGCUGCUUUAGCUCCAGGGACAAGUGGUAGUGGUGCAGUUGGUAGUUGCAGUGCCAGCGGAAGUGUUUACGGCCCUUCAACAUCAGCUAGCUCAAGUGGUUCUGUAAGUGCAACUGAUACUCUGCCGCGCAGCUCAACUCUUCCUACUUUACAUGAAGACUCAGAGUUGUCGAUAAGUGAUGAUUUUGAAAAGUUACGUGUUGAGGGCGGACGAAUGUCGGCCGAUAUGCCGAUGCGACUAACAAGAGAUCUUCUAUUGGCCACACAGAAAAGAAGACUGGAAAUUCGACCUCCUGGGGAUGGUCGUCCAUACAUCCAGAGAAGACACAACUCCUCGGAAAGUAAAGCAAUACGACAAAGUGCUUUAGCCAAUAAGGAAACCAAUACUUUUCAAGUUAUCCCGCGAACACAACGACUGCAUUCGAAUGAACAUCGUCCACUAAAGACAUCGGAACUAGUAGCAUUGCUAAUUCCAAAACUAGAGGAGGUGAAACGUAAACAAGACCUGGAAGAUCGAGCUCGUCUUGAGCGUUUCUCGGAUGAAUCCAUUCCAUCGAGUGAUAGGCUUGCCAGUGAUCGAGCAUUCGCGCAAGCGAUAUGUGAAAAAUUUGCCCUUGACGAAGACAACGAUCAAGAUAUUCUUGAUCAACAUGUCUCGCGUGUCUGGAAAGAUCAAACUCCACAUCGAUCUCCAGGUACAAUGUCACCGUGUCCUCCAUUACCAACAAGAAGGAGAACAACUCACGAUUCAGGAAUGUUAAGCGAUGGUGCCAUAAGUAUAAGUGGGCAUUCAAUGAAACACUCAAAGUCAAUGCCCGAUCAUAGUUCCUCCUCAAGGAAGCUAACCAAUAAAUGGCCUUCCAUAUAUACUGAUAGUGGAAUUAGUCUAACCUCAGCCGAUACUCUUAUGAAGUACAAAGACGCCAGCUUGAGACCUGGUUCAAGUACCGCCUCACAGUUAGAAGAGGCAAAAAGAAGACUGGAAGACGAGAACCGUCGGUCUCGUCGUUACUCACAACAACAUCCUUUGCCAGCUAUGCAGCAGCCUCAAUCGAUGAGCAGCAGUAGUAGUGGCAGUAGUAGUUUACAUCAUCCACCACCACCACCGUUGCCCGCUAAACCACAGGAAACAACAACCGUUGUCUUCUCGUUCUGUGAUGAGGAAUAUCCAUAUCGAUCUAAAAUUCCUGGUACUCAGCCAACAUUAAAACAAUUUAAGGAUUAUCUGCCAAAAAAGGGAAACUUUAGAUUCUUCUUUAAAACCCAUUGUGAGGAUCCCGAUAGUCCAGUAAUCCAGGAGGAGAUUGUUAAUGACUCGGAUAUCUUGCCUUUGUUUGAAGGCAAAGUGAUGGGUCUGGUCAAGCCAUCCGAUUAGAUAUUAAGUUUUAUUUAGUCAGUUUUUUACACACAUAUAAAUUUUAAACAAAAAAAAAAAUACCAAGAUUUAAACAAAAAACAAACACAAAUUAAUUUAACAACAACAUGCAAUUUAUGUCAAUGUAUUAACAAAUAAUUAAAAAAAAAAUAAUAAUAAUAAAACAAACAAAACCGCAAAAAUAACAAAAAUUAAAAAUAAAAUAAAAUGCAAAACAUUAAACCAUAUAAAACAAUAUUUAGUGAUAAAAACAAAUUAUUAACAUAAAAAAGAAAUUGUAAAAAGUUGUAUUUUUUAAAUUUUAUAACAAAACAAAAAAAGAACAAGCCACAAAUAAAACAACAAAAAAAAAAUUACUAAAAACAUUUUGUAUUUUAUAAAAUGCAAAAAAGAAAAAAAAAUUACAAAAUGUAUAAACAGUAUACACACGAAGCAAAAAACACUCACUCGUAAAUGCAAAUAUUUUUGCAGGCGAAAUAUAACAUAAUUAUUUAUUUUUAAAAUUGUUUUGGCGCUUACCAAACAAAAAAAAAAAUUCAUAGAAAAUAGAAUACAAAAAAAGAAAACUAGAUAACUCAGUACAUUAUAGCAUAAACGAUUUGUGGAGGAGAAUCGAAUGAUGACAUCUAUUUUUAUUUUAUUUUUUUGUUAUCUACUUAAAGAAAAAAGUGUAAAAUGUGUUAUUCUUUAUUUAAUUGGACUGAAUAUUUUUUUUAAUAUUAUCGAAUAUCGUAAGCGAUUAUCAGCACCAGCGAUGUUAGCAUCAGAAUAAUUGAAUCAUAAAAAUAAAAAAAAAAUUCUCAUGUUUUAAGAGAUGCUGGUAAAAGCAAUUAACCAACUGACAUACAAUUUUCUUACUAAGGAAUCGAUAACCAGCUAAUGAUAAAUUAAGCAAAACAACCAGAGCAUGUUUAUUUUUUUUUUCUGAAGUUGUAAAUUUGUCUCAUCCAAAUAUUUCUCAUUUUAAAUUGCAUACUCGUUUUAAAUUGCAAGAAUAGGUUCUUUAAAUCAUAUACCCCAUUAAAAUAUUUUUUUAAUAUGCUAUUAAGUAGAGUUGUGGAAAACUAAAUAUGUCUCAGCAAC